UACCUCCAGAAUCAUCCUUGGGUUCUGAAAGAUGUCCAUUUUAGCUAGUGUUAGCCCCUUGCCAUGUGUUCCUUAUAUAGUGGCACACGUGGGUCUGCAGCACUUGGAACUCUCUGUUUCAGGCAUGUGUCUAGAGCAGUGUGACAUACUCUGUAGCAUAGCAAGUUUGUGGAUCUUCAUUCACCAAGUCGAGGGUCUGUGUAUAAGGAUUAUUGGGUUUAUGUUUAUCCAAAGGAGGCAGACUUUAAACUCAAAUUUUAAAGGCCUACGUAGAGUGUUUGGCCAUGUUAUCUGUUUGCUGGAGUUAGUAAUUUUUAAAUUAUAGUAAAGCCAGAACUGAAGUCUGCCACUUAUUUUUCAGACAUGUUGUUUGGCCUAUACAGGCUUUAAAAAAAAAUUUGAGCCAACAUUGUAAAGUAAGGACAUUUCCCCGUAAAUAUUUAGGCUCUUGGCUCCUUCUGACCAAGGACACAACCUGGCAACUGUGGACCUGCAGUCCUGGCUGGCACUCAGGGAGGGUGCAGGCCUGUCUCGCAGCAGGUCCAGUGCCCACUCGGCAGACCUUGCGCUGCUUUACCUGUUGGACUGCUGGGCGUCACCUGCUGUCACCAUGUCCGUGGCCUUAGGGAGGGGCUACACGUGGCCCCCGGCCCCAGGGAUGGGAGCGGAGAGCAGCGCCCUGAAGAGCUGUGCGCUGAAGGGGCCCCCAGUCACCCUGCCCUCUGGACUAGCCGUGUUCCCCGCCGAGCUGCAGGAUGGCAGAGUCGCGUCGGUGUUUGUGUACAAGAGAGAAAAUGAAGCCAAGGUUAACAAGGCCGCCAAGCACCUCAAGACACUGCGGCACCCCUGCUUGCUGAGAUUCUUGUCUUGCACGGUGGAGGCAGAUGGCAUUCAUCUGGUCACUGAGCGGGUGCAGCCUCUGGAAGUGGCCUUGGAAACGCUGUCCCCUGCCGAGGUCUGUGCUGGGAUCUACGACAUCCUGCUGGCUCUGAUCUUCCUUCACGACAGAGGACACCUAACACACAACAACGUCUGCUUGUCAUCCGUGUUUGUGAGUGAAGACGGGCACUGGAAGCUGGGAGGGAUGGAGACAGUCUGCAGAGUUCCCCAGGCCACCCCGGAGUUUCUGCAGAGCAUUCGGUCAGUGAGAGACCCGGCAUGUAUCCCUCCUGAAGAGACGUCGCCAGAAUUCACAACCCUGCCGGAGUCACACGGACAUGCUCGGGACGCCUAUUCAUUCGGGACGCUGGUGGAAAGGCUGCUUACAAUCCUGAGUGGACAGGUUUCAGCGGACGCUCUCUGCAGCUUCCAACAGACCUUGCACUCAGCUCUGCUGAAUCCCAUCCCACAGCGUCGGCCAGCGCUCUGCACCUUACUGUCCCAUGACUUCUUCAGGAAUGAUUUUCUAGAAGUUGUGAAUUUCUUGAAAAGUUUAACAUUGAAGAGUGAAGAGGAAAAAACUGAAUUCUUUAAAUUUCUGCUGGACAGAGUGAGCUGCUUGUCGGAGGAACUGAUAGCAUCCCGGUUGGUGCCUCUGCUGCUUAAUCAGCUGGUGUUUGCAGAGCCAGUGGCUGUAAAGAGUUUCCUUCCUCAUCUGCUUGGCCCCAAAAAAGGUGAUGUGCCUGGAGAGACCCCUGGCCUGCUGUCACCGGCCCUGUUCCGCUCACGGGUGAUCCCCGUGCUGCUGCAGCUGUUCCGAGUGCACGAGGAGCAUGUGCGCACAGUGCUGCUGUCACACCUGGAGGCCUACGUGGAGCACUUCACUCCUGAGCAGCUGAGGACAGUCAUCCUGCCACAGGUGCUACUGGGCCUGCGUGAUACCAGCAGCUCCAUGGUGGCAAUCACGCUUCACAGCCUCGCCGUGCUGGUCUCCCUACUCGGACCAGAGGUGGUUGUGGGAGGGCAGAGAACCAAGAUCUUCAAACGCACUGCCCCAAGUUUUACAAAAACUAUUGACCUUUCUCCAGAAGAUUCUCCCACGCACAUCGUCUGCAGCCAGCACAGGCAGACCUCGCCGGUCUCGGAGAGCCCCUCUAGCGUAUUUCCUAAAGGUUUCUUUUCUGGUGACAGGCCCAUCGACAGCAAGAAGCACAGACAGCGAGAUUCCUACAACACUCUUUCCCAGACAGGUAGAAAUAGUGAUCGAUUUUCUCAGCCUAGGACAUUUCCCUUGAAUGGACUUUCAGACGUGAAAAACACCUUGGAAGAUAGUGAAAACCUCCUGCCAACACCCCAAGCAUCUGAGGAGUGGCCUGACUGGAGCGAGCCCGGGGAGCCUGAAAGCAGAAAUGUCAGCACACAGGUGUGGCCUCCAGAGCCCCGGGAGGCUGCCAGGUCCCCUUUCACGAACUUGAAGGUGACAGAGACUUGGGAUGACCUUGAGCACGACAGUCUCAGCACUGCAGUGAGCCCAGGAGGCGGAAUUACUGUUACCUCGGGGGAGCACAAGGCCAUUCCCACUUCACUUCCGUUCACAGAGAAGGCCAAUACCAAGCCUUUGGCAUCAAGCCAACCCCAAAAGACCAGUCCUGCCCCAAGCGUCGAUGGCCCAGACCAGGCGAAGCCACCAAAAGUGUCAUCACAAGAAAGGCGCCCUAAGGUUCCCUCAGAACUUGGUUUAGGAGAGGAGUUCACCAUUCAAGUGAAAAAGAAGCCAGUGCAGGACCCGGAAUUGGACUGGUUUGCUGACAUGACCCCCGAAAUUAAGCCUUCAGGCACUAUUCUUGUUCUACCUGAACUGAGGACAGAAACAAUGGUCCCCAACAAGGAUGGUGUCUCACCAGAGAUGCAGUUUUCCUCAAAAUUUGCUGCAGCAGAAAUGACUGAGGCGGAGUCUGAAGGCUGGGGAGACGCCGGGGAGCUGAACUGGGGAGACAGCAGCUGGUGACAAUGGCUGUGAGUUAAACUCUAGGAAAAAGGAUUUUUUAAAAAAAUCAUACUAAUACCUCAAAAGCAGGCUCUGCAGACAAGAAAACCCCAAAGCAUCCUGUUUUCUCACACCAGGAGCUUUUCCAGUCUGUGCCAAGGAAGAGAGAGACCUUGGGUGUGGCCUAGGCUGGGGAAAGAGCCUGUGCCUCUGACUAAGGCCAGGUAAUUCUGGAAGUAAAGAAAAUAAAUACAAAAACUUCAAGCUGACUAGCUUAAUUUUGUGCCAUUUCUUUAACAGUGAGAAGAGUAAACUAUUAUAAAAUACAACACCCAAAAAUUUUAACUAUUAAGUAUAUAAAUGAUUUUAAAUUGCUAAGGUUUCCUUAGGCAGCUUAUUUGUUUACAGUUUCCAGAGUGAGUGGCCCCAGGGGACCUGGGCAGGUACUGACUGUUCCCAGAUGUAUUAUGUGUACCAAAGUUCUUCGUGAGAAAUAUCGCCCUUAAUCUUGUUCUCUACACAUCCAAUAAAGACUAUUUUUAACUUUA